AUGACAGAUGAGUUUCUGUUUCAAGACAAUAAGAACCAUACUGUCUGUAUAAAUCCAACAAAAGGAACUUUAAACGAGAAACCUAUAAAUGAACUUCUUUUGAAAGCAGAUGUUGACAACAAAGCUGACAAAGAAUAUGUAGACGAUGCAAUAGCAAAAGAAGAAGAAAGAGCUAACAAUGCUUAUGCAACAAAAGAACAUACUCAUCCUGAACUAGCAGACAAAACAUAUGUUGACAAUAAAAUGUCAAGUGAAGUGACAAGAGCUGAAAACGAAUAUUCUAAAAAGACUCAUAUACAUUAUAUUAACCAAAUACCAAGUCUUAAGGAAACAUUAGAGACAAAAGCAGAUAAGACUCAUACACAUUCUAUAUCUGAUAUUACAAACUUACAAGAAACCUUAAACAGGAAAAGUGACGUUGGACAUACACAUACCAUUGCAAAUAUUACAAACUUACAAGAAACCUUAAACACUAAAGCAAAUAAGACUCAUACACAUUCUAUAUCUGAUAUUACAAACUUACAAGAAACCUUAAACACUAAAGCAAAUAAGACUCAUACACAUACAAGUUUUACAACUUUUACAGCAGAUGAUAUUACACUAAACACAACCUUGCCAAGUAAAG